AGGAGUCACUCCACCCACUUGUUUCUUUCCAAGUAGCUAAACAGUUGUCCAUCAUCUAAGCUGUAUAGUAAAUCUUGUUUAUAUCUUGCAAGCAACUGAACAAGGCCACUGCGGUUUUUCUAAACUAUCUAAACAUGUGACUCUUGAAUGCGACAUGAAGGGCCCCCCUCCUCUGAUUGGUCAGUUCAGGCCAGCUGGCUGUGACGCUGCAGGCAGCAGCAGCAGGUGUGGACGGUCGGUACUGUUAUUUCUUUAUUUUGAUUCGUGAUUGCUGGAGCUUGCAGUCUCAUGCCACUACGCUAGGUCAAACUGAAGCGGGUUCUUGUCCAGGUCUGGGUGUGAACCCUGUCGAGAUGUCUUCGGCCGAACACGACGGAACCUUCAGUCAGCUCAUUAAGUUUGAGAAACUGUCGUGGAGGCCCUCCAUCCGCGACUCAGGCUCCAAGAAGCGGGCACGGUGGCUUCAGGCUCGGCGCAUCUUCUCCCCUUCCUGCCCCAACCUGCGGAUCCCCAACAGGUUCCUGAGAGAAGGACACUGUGUACCCCCUGCCCGCAGCGGACACCGCUGUGUUGCAGACAGUGCCAACCUGUAUGUGUUUGGAGGCUACAACCCAGACUUUGAGGAGGCAGACGGGUCAGAGAAUGAAGACUACCCUCUUUUCAGGGAGCUUUGGCGGUUUCAUUUUGCUACAUCCACUUGGCAGCAGGUCCGCACAGAGGGUUACAUGCCCACAGAACUGGCCUCUAUGUCAGCUGUUUUACACGGCAACAACCUGCUUGUGUUUGGCGGCACUGGGAUUCCAUUUGGUGAAAACAACGGCAAUGACGUCCAUGUUUGCAAUGUUCAGUACAAACGAUGGAACCUGCUCAACUGCAGAGGGAAGAAACCCAACAAGAUUUACGGACAGGCGAUGGUCAUCAUAAAUGGCUACCUCUAUGUGUUUGGAGGGACAACAGGCUACCUUUACAGCACCGACCUGCACAGGCUGGACCUGACCACCAGAGAGUGGAUCCACCUCAAACCCAACAAUGCACCCUCAGAUCUACCUGAGGAGAGGUACAGACAUGAACUAGCUCAUGAUGGACAGAGAAUAUACAUUUUAGGAGGUGGGACUUCCUGGACGUCAUAUCCCCUGCAUAAGAUUCACGCAUAUAACUUGGAGACAAAUUACUGGGAGGAAAUAGUCACCAAACCACAUGAAAAAAUAGGAUAUCCUGCUGCCCGCCGUUGUCACAGUUGUGUGCAGGUCAAAGAUGAGGUGUUUAUAUGUGGGGGUUAUAAUGGAGAGCUGAUCCUAUCUGACCUGUGGAAGAUCAACCUGCAGACUUUUCAGUGGAUCAAGUUGCCUGCCAUCAUGCCAGAACCAGCCUACUUUCACUGCGCUGCAGUCACUCCGGCUGGCUGUAUGUACGUCCACGGCGGUGUCAUCAACAUGUCCGGGAAUAGAAGGACUGGCUCUUUGUACAAAGUGUGGUUGGUGGUGCCCAGCCUGCUGGAACUGACCUGGGAGAAACUGCUGAAAACUUUCCCUCACGUAGCCCAGCUGUCCACCCUUCAGCUGCUCAGCCUGGGGCUGACACACACACUAAUUCAGCGGCUCAAAUAGACAGAGCACAGAGACGGAAGUAGGCGGUAUGUGAUGCAACAGCUUGACUCUAAAAUCACUGAUAACUUGGCAAAAAAGUUCUCGAGGGGACAAAGAAAAGUCAGAUGGUUGUGAAUGCAUCCUUUAGACACCAGAAUAACUGUAUGCUGGUAUCCACAUCCAUGUACUUGUCAUUUUGGAUCCACGAUAUAGUGCAGUCUUCAUUUUUUUAUUUUAUUUUAUUUUAUUUUUACAACACAUCACUGUCACAGAAACGUGUGGAGCAUGAGCAGGAAUAGUUUAAUGUUCCAAAGACCACUUCUUGAAAGGCAAAAUGAAUGUUGCUUCUGCUAGUGUACUUUUAGCCUCCAUUCAGAGGCUGAGAUCAGCUUGUUUCACUAUUGCUGAAGUGACAACGCGUUGUACACCGCUGCCAUCUUUGACACAUGUUCAGUCAGCUGCUGCUACGCCCACUGUGACAUAGGUUAAAUCAAUAAUUACUGUCAAAACAGUGCUGAUGUAAACUUACAUUUCCAUUUAGUUAGUUAGAAAUCAGUCAGAUCCUCUGUAAAGAGGUACACUGCUGAUAAAUCAUGGACAUGUUAUAACUGGGAUACCUCUUAACAGUCUAAUUAGGUCAAUUAUUUAAGGAAUCAUGUUUUAGCCUUGAGGACUUUCUGAUUGCAUACUGAUGUUGAGUUGUGAUUAUAACUCUACUGGUCAAAUUGAAAAAUGUUCCCUCACUGGUCACAUUAGGCCUGUGAUCAGAUGAGAACCCAAAAGCCUCUUACAUGGCAUCACUGUGACUCUUCUUGUGCCUCUUAUUCAAUUAGAAAUGAAUUUAUUCACCUGUAGCUCCACAGUGAUUCUCUAGCCUUUUUUAUUUCUUCAUUCGGUGCCUUCUGAAUUUCCACACACACAUUGUUUUUAUAUUUCUGUAAAUCAAUUUUUUUAGAUUUGUUCAUUACUCUCUGAACUAUGUACAUGUCCUAUUUCCCCAAUGUGAUUUAUCUGGUGCUCUCCACAUGAGCCUAUUGUUGCUGAACAUUUCUGCUCAUGAUUAAUCAGAAGAUACUGCUUGCAGCUAAAGAUUUUUCAUUAACUUCAGUCCACAGAGGUUUUUUAUUUUUUAUUUUCAUCACUGUGCUGCUGUUCUAUUUUAUUACAAAACCUUGAAUUGUAGCAGAAUGUGUUGCUACUUUUCCCCACCUUUUGCCUAAACUCCAUUUUAACCUUUUUAUACUGUAACAUAGGCUGUAUUAUUAAUACUUUUUAAAUUUUUGGUCUUGUUUUUCUAGAGAAAGUAUUGUUGUGGUACUUUGAAAAUUAAGUGGCAUGGGACUUUUUUUUAACUAGUAACAAGGUAGAGUAUGUAAGGCGUACUCAGGAUGUUAAAUACUGUGAUCAGACUCGGUCUGUAGAGCUCCGCAAACCAUCACCUUCAUCAUCGCCAAAAUGUCAACAGGCUCAGUCAUUUUUGUGAAAACAGAUUUCGGUACGCUGAGAUGGCUUUGACAAAAACAAAUCUUUUGCGGUUACUAUGGACUGUAAAGCUUAAAUACUGCAGUGAUAUUCCCAGCUGCUUGUAUUGAAUCACAUAUUUGCCUCUUUUUUUCCACCUGUUUUGUCAACCUCUUGAAUUUGAGUAUCUAGUUUUUUUUUCACACGUUCACUGUAACUGUGUUGGUACUAUACGAAACUAACUCAUCUACAAUUUAUUGUAUCAUGAUGCCCAUUUUUACAUUCAAAAUUCCACUUCAGUUACUUUAUGUUUGACAUGUUAUGAUAGCCUUUAUUUAUAUCUUAUUGUGAAGCAACAGUCUGCUUCAGUAUGUGCUCAGACUUUGUAAAUAUACUGCCUUGCUUUUGAGAUGUUUAAAUUUGCAUCAUUUUUGGUAAUGAAAUGUUAAAUGAUCUCUUUUGCAUGUCAGUAUGGUGUGCAUGUCACUUUACAUAAACUCUUGGGAGAAAAGGUGAAUGUCUCCUCAAAGGCAACUAUGGCUGUAAUGUACAUUGUUUUGUAAUUCCUGUCUGUACAAACAAUAAAAACACAGGCCGCCAGUUUUUCAGAA